AUGGAGGGAGAACAAAAGGGAUCCAAAUCCGAUUACAAUUUUCCGCCCGGCUUUAGAUUCCAUCCUUCUGAUGAAGAACUCAUAGUUCAUUACCUGCAAAACAAAAUCAAAUCGCGUCCGCUUCCAGCAUCUGUUAUAGCUGAGAUUGAUCUCUACAAAUAUAAUCCAUGGGAGUUACCAAACAAGUCUUUGUUUGGAGAGGAAGAAUGGUAUUUCUUUAGCCCGAGAGACCGAAAGUAUCCGAAUGGAUUAAGGCCAAACAGAACAGCGGCUUCCGGAUACUGGAAGGCAACUGGAACUGAUAAGCCGAUUAUUUCAUCGUGCGGAUCGAAGCAUAUAGGAGUCAAGAAAGCUCUUGUGUUUUAUUCAGGUAGACCCCCUAAGGGUGGUAAGACAGAUUGGAUCAUGAAUGAGUAUAGGUUGGUUGAUACAACCACAAAAUCAUUCAGACUAAAAGGUUCCAUGCGGUUGGAUGAUUGGGUAUUAUGUCGGGUUCGACACAGAGGCUACUCAUUGAAGAGUUUAUCAGAAAAUCAAGAGAAUCAUUGUGAAUCAAGCAUACCAGUAAACCUACAGAAGGGUGAAGAACACCAAACAAAGCCGGCGUUUCAAGGUGAUAUGAUCACAGAUUAUCAAUACAAAGAUUAUCAGAUCAUUGCAUCUAUUCUUGUUGGAGGAGUUAUUCCUCCAACUGAGAACAUGUCAAGUUUGAGCUUUAAGGGAAUGCGAAGCAACAAUCUAAAUUCGGUUUAUGAAGAAACUUUCGACAAAAUGAAUUCUCAAACUACACUCCCUUCUUUGGAAUGUUACUUCAAUCCUAUGAAAAGAAAAUUUAAUGAGGAUGAUGAACAAUUGGAAAAUCUCAUUUCUUUUAAUAGCAAAUUCAACAUGGAGAACAAACUAGAGAAAUCUCCAAGCAUCGAUUUUCAAGAACUAAACAAAUUAACCUUUGCAGAAAGAUAUCAGCAGUGA